AUGAUCGGCACGUACGUGACCAUCGCCACGUGCAACUUGAACCAGUGGGCCCUCGACUUCGAGGGCAACAGAGACAGGAUCUUGGAGAGCAUCCGCCAGGCCAAGCAGCAGAACGCCAUGCUCCGCGUCGGCCCCGAGUUGGAGGUGUGCGGGUAUGGGUGUCUCGACCACUUUGCCGAGAACGACGUCUACCACCAGUCGUGGCAGGUGUACGCCCAGAUCUUGGCCCAUCCCGACACCAAGGACAUCAUCGUGGACAUCGGCAUGCCCAUCAUCCACAAGUCCAUCAAGUACAACUGCCGCGUGUUGAGUCACAACGGGCGCAUCCUUUACAUCCGCCCCAAGUUGCACUUGGCCAACGACGGCAACUACCGCGAGAUGCGCUACUUCACGCCCUGGAGCCGCGUGCGGUACCACGAGACGUACGUGUUGCCCAAGCACAUCCAGCAGGCGACGGGCCAGGCCUCGGUGGUCAUUGGCGACGUGGUCUUGGGCACCUUGGAGACCAAGAUCGGCGCCGAGACCUGCGAGGAGUUGUUCACGCCGCAGUCGCCGCACCUCGCCAUGGCGCUCGACGGCGUGGAGAUCAUCACCAACUCGCUGGGCCUGCACCACGAGCUCCGCAAGUUGGACACGCGCCUCGACUUGAUCUGCGGCGCGUCCAGGAAGUGCGGCGGCAUCUACCUCUAUGCCAACCAGAAGGGCUGCGACGGCGACCGCUUGUACUAUGACGGGUGCGCGUGCAUCGUGGUCAACGGCCAGAUGGUGGCGCAGGGCUCGCAGUUCUCGCUUGCGGACGUCGAGGUGGUGGCCGCCACCAUCGACCUCGACGACGUGCGCUCGUACCGCAACAUGAAGUCCGCGGCGCUCCAGUCGGUGACGCAGAACACGCCCUACCACACCGUGGCCACGGACAUCGAGAUGUGCCCGGAGGCGCGCAGUUUCGACAGCUCCGUGCGCCCCACCAAGCCGCUUGCCCGGAUCCGCUACCACACGCCCGAGGAGGAGAUCGCGCUCGGGCCCGCGUGCUGGCUCUGGGACUACUUGCGGCGGUCCAAGACCGCGGGCUUUUUCUUGCCCUUGAGCGGCGGCAUCGACUCGUGCGCAACGGCGGUCAUCGUCCACUCCAUGUGCCGGCUCGUGGUGGCCGCAGUGCAGGCCGGCGACGCCACGGUGUUGGCGGACCUCCGGAUGUUGGUGCACGACGCGCAGUUCGAGCCGACGACGCCGCAGGAGGUCGCGGGCCGCUUGUUCUACACGUCGUUCAUGGGCACGGCCAACUCGUCCGCGGACACCCGGCUGCGGGCCAAGCAGCUCGCGGCCAAGAUCGGCUCCUACCACAUCGACAUGAACAUGGACACGCUCGUGGCGGGUGUGGUCAGCGUGUUCGAGGUGGCCACGGGCAAGCGGCCCGUGUUCAAGAUCUUUGGCGGCUCGCAAACGGAGAACUUGGCGUUGCAGAACAUCCAGGCGCGCUUGCGCAUGGUGCUCAGCUACCUCUUUGCGCAGCUCUUGCCCUGGACGCGCAGCAAGCAGGGCGGCUUGCUCGUGUUGGGCAGUGCCAACGUGGACGAGUGCUUGCGGGGCUACUUGACCAAGUACGACUGCUCCAGCGCGGACUUGAACCCGAUCGGCGGCAUCUCCAAGACCGACUUGAAGGCUUUCAUCGCGUGGGCGGAGCCGGGCUUCGGCUUGCCCAUUCUCCGCGAAUUCCUCGACGCCACGCCCACGGCGGAGUUGGAGCCCAUCACCGAGGACUACGUGCAGUCGGACGAGGUGGACAUGGGCAUGUCGUACGCGGAGCUCUCCGUGUUUGGCCGGUUGCGCAAGGUGGACAAGUGCGGGCCGGAGUCCAUGUUCGUCAAGUUGUACCACGAGUGGUCGCAGCCGCCCUUCAACUACACGGCCGAGGUCAUUGCGGAGAAGGUCAAGCGCUUCUGGUUCUUCUACGCCAUCAACAGGCACAAGAUGACCACCAUGACGCCCUCGUACCACGCGGAGCAGUACUCGCCCGACGACAACCGCUUCGACUUGCGCCCGUUCUUGAUCAACCCCCGGUUCCCGCUUGCGAGCCGCAACAUCGACGGCAUCGUGGCCAGGAUCAACGAGCAGAACGGGGGCCUCGACAGCAAGGGCCUCGGCGUGGACUGA